AUGAAGACAUCUACACUGUGGGGUGAUAGUUAUACUGAUAAAAGUGGAGCACCAACAGCUGUGUAUGCUGUUUGUUAUUCACCUGAUGGUACUGUGCUUGUUUGUGCAAGUUAUAGACACGUUUUGAUGUACAAUUCCACUACCGGAGAGUUUAUCAAACAAUGUAGAGGACACACGGAUAAUGUAUAUUGUCUUUCUUUUGUUAAAGAUGGUAAAACAUUUGCUUCGGGAGGUGCUGACAAUAGUGUAAUUUUAUGGACUCACCUUGGAGAACCAAAACUCAAAUUUACUCAUAAUGAUUCUAUUCAAUGUUUAGAAUUCAAUCCAACAACUAAUCAAUUGCUGAGUUGUGCUUGUACAGAUUUUGGUUUGUGGUCCCAAGAUGAAAAGGAAGUAAAGAAAGUUAAAGUUAAUUCCAAAAUUCUGUGUUGCAGUUGGACAAGUGAUGGCCAGCACAUGGCUCUUGGAUUUUUUGACGGAAGUGUUAGAAUUUAUAAUAGAGAAGGAAAAGAAUUAGUAAGCUUUGCUAGAUCAGAUCCUAUUUGGACAAUUUCAUUUAACCCUUCAAGAGAUGAACAAUAUGAUAUUCUUGCUGUUGGUUGUUGGGAUCAAACAAUUUCAUUUUAUCACUUGAGUGGAAAGCAAAUUAUUAAGGAUCAAAAAUUAGGAUUUGAUCCUUGUACAGUUUCCUAUUUUUCAAAUGGAGAAUAUUUAUGUAUUGGUGGAACUUCUGGUGAAGUAUCAUUAUGGAAUAAGGAUGGUGUUCAAUUAGUUCCUGUUUCAAAACAUCAAGGAUGGAUUUGGAGUGUAGCUCAAAAACCAAACCAAAACUUUGUUGCUAUUGGUACAAAUAAUGGCUUGCUUCAAGUUCAAAAAUUGGAUUUUAUUACUGUACAUAGUUUAUAUGGCAAUUUGUAUGCUUUUAGAGACUCCAUGACAGAUGUAGUUGUUCAAGACUUAGUAAACGAUAAGAAAGUAACCAUAAGAUGCAAAGAUUACGUUAAAAAGAUAGCUAUUUAUAAAGACAGAAUGGCAAUUCAAAUGAAGAACAAGAUCCAUGUCAUUGAAUUAACCCAAAAUAAGAAUGAGAACGAAGGUGAAGAAGGAGAUGAAGAAUUGCAAUACAGAUUGGUCGAGAAAAUUGUGAAAGAUAUCGAAUGCAACAUGCUUGUUGUUACUUACGGAAAUUUGAUAUUCUGUCAUGAAAAAGAGUUGCAUCUUUACGAUUUCAAAGGAAACCUCCAAAGAGUUUGGGAUUUGGAAGCUCCAAUUAAAUACAUCAAAGUAAUUGGUGGUCCACCAUUCAAAGAAGCAAUCCUAGUUGGUCUGGCUAACGGAUCUAUCCUCAAGAUUUUCGUUGAUAACCCUUUCCCUGUUCAACUUCUGAAGCAUGACUAUUCCAUCAAAAGUUUGGAUUUGAAUAUGUCUAGAAGAAGAUUAGCUUUGGUAGACCAAAAUAAUGAUUUGAUGGUUUAUGAUUUAAAGGAUAAGAAAUACGUUUACCAAGAAAAGAAUGCUGAAGGUGUUGCUUGGAAUUCAGAACAUGAAAAUAUGUUGUGUUAUUCUGGAUCUGGUAUUUUGAAUAUUAAGACAGAAAACUUCCCAGUCAAUUCUCACAAACUUCAAGGAUUAGUAGUUGGAUUUAUUGGUUCAAAGGUGUUCUGUUUACAUCAAGUAUCUAUGAGUACUGUAGAUGUUCCUCAAUCAGCAACCUUGUACAGAUAUAUCGAAAAGGCUGAUUUUACUGAAGGAUACAAAAUUGCUUGUCUUGGAGUGACAGAAACCGAUUGGAGAUUUUUGGGUGUUCAAGCUCUUUUGGGAGUCAAUUUAGAUAUUGCCAGAAAAUGUUUCAAUAGAAUCGAAGACACCAAAUUUAUUUCUUUGAUUGACAAAUAUGAAAAGCUCAUUAAGCAAAAUCAAUUCAACAGAGAUCUAUUCGUUGCUGAAAUACAUGCUUACCAAGGUAAAUUUGAUGAAGCAUCUAAAAUGUUUGUUAAGGGAGGCAGAGCAGAUAUGGCUAUGGAUAUGUUGUGCGAUUUGAGAAAAUGGAAAGAAGCAAAAGAUCUUGCCAUUACCUACGAUAAUAUCAACCUAACAGAUAUGAUUCUGCGUCAAGCUAGAACAGCUGAGGAAGACACUGAUCAUAGAUCUGCUGCAGAGUUGUAUGCUGCUGCAGGUAACUAUGAGAAAGCUAUUCAAAUCAUGGGCGAUAACAAAUGGUUUGAUAUGCUACAAGAGACAUGCAGAAACUUGAACAGCAACGAAACCAAAGGUGUUGCUAUGUGUGCUGAGUACUUUAGAAAGAACAAGAUGUAUGAUGCCGCCAAGGAAGCCUAUCAAAAGAUUGGUGACUUCCCAUCCCUUAUCAAAUUGUUUGUUAGUGCUCAAAAGUGGGAACAAGCUUUCGAAAUUCUUGAAAAGAACCCAGAAUUCUCAGCAGAAGUAUAUCUUCCUUAUGCUGAAAAUUUAGCAAUUGAAGACAAAUUUGAUGAAGCUCAAGUGGCUUUCAGAAAGGCUAACAAACCAGAAAAGGCAAUGAAAAUCAUUGAAGAACUUGCUCAAAACGCUAUUGAAGAAAACAGAUUCAAGGACGCAUCAUACUACUUGUGGAAAGUUGCCAAUGAGUUGAUGCAUACAACAAAGAAUGAAUCCCAAAUAACAGAAUCUGUCUGGCAGGAAAUCAAAAAGUUUGAAAAGUAUUAUCAACUCAGUCAAAUUUAUUUUGCUUAUGACAUUGUACACAAAUUCUCCGAACUUCCAUUCAACUCUUGCGAUACCAGACAUCUGUUCAAUGCUUGCUUAUUCCUUUAUAACAAUUUAGAUGUUUCUAACUUGCCUAAAUCUAUUUCUAGGAUAACAGUUACAGUGACGAUGGCUAAACUCGGUUUAUCGUUAGAAAACUACAAAUUGGCUAGAGAAGUGUAUCAAAAUAUUCAACAUUUGAGGCUUCCAAAACCAAUUAUGGAUGAAAUUGAGUUGUCAAGUAUUUCCAUUCACAGUAAGCCAAUGAGGAAUAAUGAGGAAUGUAUUCCAAUUUGUUUUAGAUGUUCAGCAUCCAAUCCAUUCCUGAAUGAAAAAGGUGUUGAUUGCUGCGUUAACUGUAGUCAUACAUUCCAGAGAUCACCUCUCUCAUAUCACAUUCUACCACUUGUCGAGUUUGAAUUGGAAGAAGGAAUUGAAGAAGAAGAGGCUAUCAAGCUGAUAAACCAAACACCUCCAAGCAUGCAAGGAAAAAAGGGAGGAGAUAAAUGGAGAGAGCAAAAAAGCAGUGCAAAUGUUCAAUCCCUUCGUCUUGAUCAAGAUUCUGAGGAACCUUACGAAGACAUGACUCUCACAGACUUGUUUAGUAAGGCUUUAUUGAAUAUUGAUGGUAAGAUUGUAAAGGUUAACAGAGAAAUGUUGAAAUCUUUCAGAAGAGAAGAUGUAUUUAUUGUAGAUUGGAAGAAUCCUCUUAUCAAGAGACACUUUUUCAAAUGUAUUAUACCAAACUUCCCAAUUGUGCAAUGUAAUCAUUGUAAUCUCUUCUUCCAACAAGAAGAUUUUGAGUUUGAAAUGCUGAAAAACAAUGGCAAAUGUCCGUUCUGUCAAAAUUAA